GGCACAUCGGGCUGGGACUCCGGGCAGAGGCACAUCGGCAGGACUCCGGGCAGAGGCACAUCGGGCAGGACUCUCCGGGCAGAGGCACAUCGGGCAGGACCCCGGGCAGAGGCACAUCGGGCUACCGGGCGAAGCGGCAGGCAGCGGGCCACCGGGCGGAGUACGGGCAGGCACCGGGCCCCCGGGCGGGGCGACAGGCCUCGGGCCCCCGGCGGGCGACAGGCAUCGGGCCCCCGGGCGGGGCGACAGGCAUCGGGCCCCCGGGCGGGGCGACAGGCAUCGGGCCCCCAGGCGGAGCGGCGGGCAUCGGGCCCCCAGGCGGGGCGA